GGAAAAGUUGAAAUUCGUGGAAAGAUGAAAUUAUUUACGGGAAUAUUUGUUAUUGCUUUAGUAGUCGUCCUAGCCGAAGGACAACGAGGCGGUCCAGGUGGACCAAGAGGCCGAGGUGGACCAAGAGGACAAAGGAGGCAAGGUGGCCCAGGAGGCCCAGGUGGACCAGGAGGACCACAAGGAUUUGGUGGUCCAGGUGGACCAGGAGGCCUAUAUGGGCCCAGAGGACCAAGGGGACCAGGAGGCCCAGGUGGACCACAAGGAUUUGGUGGUCCAGGUGGACCAGGAGGCCUAGAUGGACCCAGAGGACCAAGGGGACCAGGAGGCCCAGGUGGUCCAGGUGGCCGCCGUGGUUGUGGUCAAGCUCCUCCUCCACCUCCACCUCCAUUCCUACCCUCAAACUCCACUCUCUCCCCUUCGAACUCAACAGCCGCACCCUCAAACUCAACUACCACAACCACAACUGUGGCACCUUCAAGUAACUCAACUACCACAACCACAACUGUGGCACCUUCAAGUAACUCAACAACUUCAACAACAGUUGCUUCGCCUUAACGCUUUUUAUGGAUGUAUGAAACUAUUAUGGGAAUCUUAAGAUUAUGUAUUGUAAAUAAAAAAAAAUAAAUAAGCACUUUAAAUAAAAGAAAUAUCUAACUGACUUAAAAAAGAAGCUGUUAAUUAAAACGUCCUCAGUUCCUCUUCAUCCCUCACGAGCUCUUCCGUCAUCUUCUGACUACCGCGGGCCCACUGACGUGAGAUCUGUCCCUCGUACAUACUUGAUGAAAAAGAAAUAUCUUAGUAAUCUAGUUGACAACUAAUAUUCGAUACGAUAGGAG